CCAGUACCACCAACACGAUGAGUUUACUCGUAUUAGUCGUAUGCGUUUGUCCGUUCAAUUUCUUGUUUUAGUGUUUUAAUGUGAGGUAUAGGUACUGUACACAUUAUUCAUAUUUUAUUUAAACAAUGCCGAAAGAAAAAGAAACAGUUGCGGGCCGUUUGCAAAAUUUUGUGGAGGAAUUUACGUCAAAAUGUUCAAAUUCCAAUCUAAGAACACAUAUUAAACUUAUACAUCCCAACGACUUGGAUAAUUUUAAUAACAGUGCAAAGAAAAGGUCAAACAACAAUUUAAAUCAAUGCAGUAAACAAUAUAAGAUAGAAGAAGUUGGGAAAAUAUCUGUGAAAAAGUUAACUCAAGCUGAAUUUGAUGCUGCAAAUUUGCAGCUUAUAGUUAGUACGGUGUCUCCUUUUUCUUUUAUAGAGCACCCUGCAUUUUUAAGAUACUGUAAAAUUACUUGCAAUAAAGUUCCUGUUUCAAGAAGAACAUUAAUGCGCAAUGUUCAAUGCAUUUAUAAACAAAUGAUUUCACAAAUAAUAAAUGACUUGGAAAACAUAAAAUAUGUGUGCUUAACAGCUGGUUGUUGGAGUAUAUUUCACAGAUCAUAUAUAGGCUUUACUGUACAUUGGAUUGAUCCUCUAACGUUGCAUCGACAUUCUAAAGGUCAAAGGACUUGCUUGCAGAAGAAUGAUUGGUAGACCUACAUAUAAUAAUAUUGCAGAAGCUAUUGAUAAAAUUCUUAAUGAAUUUGAAAUUAAUAAAAAAACUACUCUUAUAGUUACAGACAAUGCUGCAAACUUUGUUAAAGCUUUUAGGUAUUAUUUAAUUAUUUAAAUUAUUUAGUAUUAAUUGUUAUAACUUAAUAGUUAGAUGAUGCUACACCCGCAUGUGUUGUCUUUGUCUUACUAACGUGAAACAUUGUAAAUUUAGAGACUGUAGAGUUGUUAGUUUUAAUAU